AUGUGUUUCUCCGCGACUACGGACCUCGGGAGAGGAGCGGUGGGCAACGUGUCCGUGCUGGGUCGAAUGCGCACACUCCCAUUAGGCCGCUGGCUCGGACCUAGAAAUGUUUCCGCUUUCCUUAGUGCCUGCCCCGCCCAGGCCCCGCCCCUUGGGCCCCGCCCGGCGGCUCGGGAGCGCGCGCGGGCGCGUGCGGGAGGGGGCGGGUGGGGAAGGAUCGCAGGCGAGAUUACGAGGCGAGGCUUGCGCGCCCGCCCCCGCCCUGGCCCCCAGUGCCCACCCGGUCGGCCCGGCACAGCCAUGAUCAAGGCGAUCCUAAUCUUCAACAACCACGGGAAGCCGCGGCUCUCCAAGUUCUACCAGCCCUACAGUGAAGAUACACAACAGCAAAUCAUCAGGGAGACUUUCCAUUUGGUAUCUAAGAGAGAUGAAAAUGUUUGUAAUUUCCUAGAAGGAGGAUUAUUGAUUGGAGGAUCUGACAACAAACUGAUUUAUAGACAUUAUGCAACGUUAUAUUUUGUCUUCUGUGUGGAUUCUUCAGAAAGUGAACUUGGCAUUUUAGAUCUAAUUCAAGUAUUUGUGGAAACAUUAGACAAAUGUUUUGAAAAUGUCUGUGAACUGGAUUUGAUUUUCCAUGUAGACAAGGUUCACAAUAUUCUUGCAGAAAUGGUGAUGGGGGGAAUGGUAUUGGAGACAAAUAUGAAUGAGAUUGUUACACAAAUUGAUGCACAAAAUAAGUUGGAAAAAUCUGAGGCUGGCUUAGCAGGAGCUCCAGCCCGUGCUGUAUCAGCUGUAAAGAAUAUGAAUCUUCCUGAGAUCCCAAGAAAUAUUAACAUUGGUGACAUCAGUAUAAAAGUGCCAAACCUGCCCUCUUUUAAAUAAAAAUGUAAAAAGGCCACUCCCAGGUAAAAUCCAGGGUGAGGAGUCAUCUAAGUUUACCAUGCAGUUGUUUACCAAAAAUAGAGGAGGAGAGUCUUAACUUUUGCUCUUGGAUUUAAGUCAAGGUACUGUAUAGAAGUUGUGUAAAAUCAGUAUGAAAGUUCAAUGUUGCUUUUCUUGCUCAGUGAUUUUAAAGAAAUUGAGUAGUUCCUAUGUGAUUUUUUUUUUCUUUUCUAAACUGCAUUCCUGUGCCCACCUACGGCAUGCCUCUAUGUAUUGGCUACUACAGUGUUUUAAAAAGUGUUUCAGACAUUUCUCUAAUUAUGUACAACCUAAAAUGUUGGUGUUUUGUAUGGAUCACAAGUGCAGCAUUCCUUAAUUCCUUCUGCUAUAUGUCACACAAUUGUUAUUUAAAGAACCAAGUAUGUAUUGCAUGAAAACAUUAUGACUUUUUUCUCUUAGUUUAAAUAAACUCCAAGGUAACUGGACUUCUAAAGCACCUUUCUGUUUGCCUGAUAUCUACUUUAGCAAUAAUUUUUUUUACAACCCUCUGACUCAACAAAGUAAAUAAAAGUAUAUUUUAUCACUAUUAA